AAAGUUUUAAAUUAUUUAAAUAUAUUAAUAAAUAAUGUAAUUAUAUUAAUUAAUGUAUCAUGUGUUAAAUUUAAUUUAAUAGAUUAAACAAAAUCAACUAAUACUGGAAGGAUUCAUGGAGUAAUACUGGAGUACUUGCUAAUGUUUUUCCGAGAUUAUAUAUGCUUUCCACAGGGAAAGACAACACAAUUGAUGAGAUGGGUAGAUGGGAAGACAACAAAUGGGUUUGGAACCUUCCUUGGAGAUGCACCCCACACUCUUGGGAGCAAGAUUCCAUGCAAGAUUUCAACAAGCUUCUCAAGGAGACCAACUUGACCAUAGGGAAGGAAGACACUUGGACCUGGGAACGAGAUAAGUUGGGUGAUUACUCUACAAGCUCAGGAUACACUGCUUUGGUCCAACAUCAACCCUCACCAUACCGACAAGUUUUUGAGAAGAUUUGGAACGCCCCUUAUUCCUCACAAAGUCUGUGGAUUCACUUGGUUACUACUACUUGACAGGAUUCCCUCAAAAUUCAACUUGUUGAAAAGGGGAUUAAUUAAGGAGAUGGAGGCUGUUAAGUGUAGCCUUUGUGGACAGAAUGUGGAAGACAGCAACCAUCUUUUUCUCCACUGCUCAGUUACUGUAAAAAUCUGGUUAAUGUGCUUCGAAUGGUGGGGCUUCUCCACUGCCAUUGCUGGUUCAUGUUGGGAUUCUUUCAUCCAACAUGAAUCCUUAGCUACUAAAAGUAGUGAACGACU